CCGGGCGGGUUCCAUCACGUACCGCGCGGGCGCCGCCCCGCUCUGCCCUCGCCGAGCGAGGGAGGGCGGGCGUGGAAGAGGAAAGGGAAGGGAAAAGGGGCGGGAGAAGGGAGGAGGGGCGGUGCCCUAGUCACGUGACCCGGGGGCAGCCCGGAAAGCUCCGAGGAGGAGCCUGGCGCCGCCAUUUUCCUGCAGCUGCUUGUCCCUCUUGCCCUGCCGGGCUCCAGCUGACCAGGGAAGGGGUGGGCUGAGCUGAGGCGGGGGCAAAGGAGUACCCGACGUCGUGUCCGACCCCGUGGGUGACACGAACCGCUUCUCUCCGGGCUAGGUGGCAGCGCGCGGCCCUGAGCCCCGCCCCAGGCCGGCAGGCGGGGAAGGAGCCGGUGGGGGUAGGGGGUGCGGUGGGGGGCGGGGGUCCUCCGGCUCGUGGGGGUCCCAGUCCCCGCCGGCUGCCGAGCGGGAGGGGUGGCGGAGGAGCCGCAGAGAUGUCCGGCCAGAGCCUGACGGACCGAAUCACCGCCGCCCAGCACAGUGUCACCGGCUCCGCGGUAUCCAAGACAGUAUGCAAGGCCACGACCCACGAGAUCAUGGGGCCCAAGAAAAAGCACCUGGACUACUUAAUUCAGUGCACAAAUGAGAUGAAUGUGAACAUCCCACAGUUGGCAGACAGUUUAUUUGAAAGAACUACUAACAGUAGUUGGGUGGUGGUCUUCAAGUCUCUUAUUACAACUCAUCAUUUGAUGGUGUAUGGAAAUGAGCGUUUUAUUCAGUAUUUGGCUUCAAGAAACACGUUGUUUAACUUAAGCAAUUUUUUGGAUAAGAGUGGAUUGCAAGGAUAUGACAUGUCUACAUUUAUUAGGCGAUAUAGUAGAUACUUAAAUGAAAAAGCAGUUUCAUACAGACAAGUUGCAUUUGAUUUCACAAAAGUGAAGAGAGGGGCUGAUGGAGUUAUGAGAACAAUGAACACGGAAAAACUCUUAAAAACUGUACCAAUUAUUCAAAAUCAAAUGGAUGCACUUCUUGAUUUUAAUGUUAAUAGCAAUGAACUUACAAAUGGGGUAAUAAAUGCUGCCUUCAUGCUCCUGUUUAAAGAUGCCAUUAGACUGUUUGCAGCAUACAAUGAAGGAAUUAUUAACCUGUUGGAAAAAUAUUUUGAUAUGAAAAAGAACCAGUGCAAAGAAGGUCUUGACAUCUAUAAGAAGUUCCUGACUAGGAUGACAAGAAUCUCAGAGUUUCUCAAAGUUGCAGAGCAAGUUGGAAUUGACAGAGGUGAUAUACCAGACCUAUCACAGGCCCCCAGCAGUCUUCUUGAUGCUUUGGAACAACAUUUAGCUUCCUUGGAAGGAAAGAAAAUCAAAGAUUCUACAGCUGCAAGCAGGGCGACAACACUUUCCAAUGCAGUCUCUUCCCUGGCAAGCACUGGCCUAUCUCUGACCAAAGUGGAUGAAAGGGAAAAGCAGGCAGCAUUAGAGGAAGAACAGGCACGUUUAAAAGCUUUAAAGGAACAGCGCCUAAAAGAACUUGCAAAGAAACCUCAUACCUCUUUAACAACUGCAGCCUCUCCUGUGUCCACCUCAGCAGGGGGGAUAAUGACUGCACCAGCCAUUGACAUAUUUUCUACCCCUAGUUCUUCUAACAGCACAUCAAAGCUGCCAAAUGAUCUGCUUGAUUUGCAGCAGCCAACUUUUCACCCAUCUGUACAUCCUAUGUCAACUGCUUCUCAGGUAGCAAGUACAUGGGGAGAUCCUUUCUCUGCUACUAUAGAUGCUGUUGAUGAUGCCAUUCCAAGCUUAAAUCCUUUCCUCACAAAAAGUAGUGGUGAUGUUCACCUUCCCAUUUCUUCAGAUGUAUCCACUUUUACUACUAGGACACCUACUCAUGAAAUGUUUGUUGGAUUCACUCCUUCUCCAGUUGCACAGCCACAUCCUUCAACUGGCCUUAAUGUUGACUUUGAAUCUGUGUUUGGAAAUAAAUCUACAAACGUUAUUGUAGAUUCUGGGGGCUUUGAUGAACUAGGUGGACUUCUCAAACCAACAGUGGCCUCUCAGAACCAGAGUCUUCCUGUUGCCAAACUCCCACCUAACAAGUUAGUAUCUGAUGACCUGGAUUCAUCUUUAGCCAACCUUGUGGGCAAUCUUGGCAUUGGAAAUGGAACCACUAAGAAUGAUGUAAAUUGGAGUCAGCCAGGUGAAAAGAAGUUAACUGGAGGAUCUAAUUGGCAACCAAAGGUUGCACCAACAACUGCUUGGAAUGCUGCAACAAUGAAUGGCAUGCAUUUUCCACAAUACGCACCCCCCGUAAUGGCCUAUCCUGCUACUACACCAACAGGCAUGAUAGGAUAUGGAAUUCCUCCACAGAUGGGAAGUGUACCUGUAAUGACACAACCAACCUUAAUAUACAGCCAGCCUGUUAUGAGACCACCAAACCCCUUUGGUCCUGUAUCGGGAGCACAGCUGUCGGCAGCAUCCAGCCCCUCCAGUCACAGUCCUCACAGAGCUUCAGGAAAGGACCCCUUUGCAGAGCUCUCUUUGGAGGAUUUCUUAUAAAUCACUUUAGGUAUUGCUGCUUGUUGGGGGAGAUGGGGACUUAAAUACUUUUUUAAAAAUUACCAAACAUUAAGCACAAUUCACUCUUCUCCUUCUUUGUUUCUUUAAGGGACUCUAGGUUCCCUCUCCUCCACCUCAUCAACCUCCAUCUCAUCCUUCUCCUCCUCCUCUCUUCUUUAUGUGAAGAAUAAAAAUAGGUCAAGAUAGGACAUAAGGAAGAACAACUUUUGGAAAAUAUCUUUUACAUAAUUAUUUAACUUAAUUUCAUCCACUCCUCAUAACAAACGGAUGAGAUUGAAUACCACCCUUAAAAACCAAGUGUUUUAGUCAAUCUUAAAAUAAUUGUAGAGAACUACGCAGUAUUACCCAUUGCAUGUAGAGCGUGACCAGGAGCCUCUUUAGUUUUAGUAUAAUGGCCAGUAUUAGUUGUGAAAAAUUCAUUGGUUCUUUAAAGGGCUAUAUUUUUAUGUAUGCCUUUUCACUUAAAAACAAUAACUUUUUUUAAAAAGCUUGCUUUUUAAUUAAGGGCCAGUGAAUACUUAAGCCCUUUCAAUUAGGAUUCUGCCUCUGUUUGCUAGAAGACAGUGUAAAGUGUAAUUUCUUCUUGGUGCUCUGGCCCUCAGUUCAGAUAUACCUUCUAGACCUUUGGGAGUUUUCACUCUUGUGAUUUGGCAAGUUUGUAUUAGCACAUCUACUUCAGUAAUAAAUCUUUCAAUGGGCAGUUUAAGGGAAAUCACGAGUUGAAGUGUCUUUGAGUAAACAGUAACACCCUAUUGAAAAGCAUUUCUUUAUAGAUCAUUCAGAUUUUGGUUUAUAUUAGUGAAGAAAUGACUUAGUAUAAUAUUACAGUUACCUGUAUUAUCUCUAGUUUUAUGUCAGUUGAAAAUAAUACUUUAAGUUUUGUUUUCCCAAAUGAGGUUUUACAUAUGGAAUAUUUAUGCUUUAUGGAGAGAUUUUUCCAAACUUACCAUGGAAAAAUAGGUCAUUGGUCUUCUUUCUUUCCCUCACCCACAAAUACCCCCCUGUUUUUAGUAAUUAGAAAGAUAUUUGGAAGUCCCUAAAGCUAUGCUUCAAAUAUUGAGCCUCUGGCACAUGAUAAGCUGAUAAUACUGACUUUGUUUUGUAAUCAUGGUUUGUGAUAAGCACGUUGUGAUCAUUUCUGGGCCAAUUAAGCAGUAAAGGUCACAAAGCAUUUUUAAUUGGAAAAGACAUCCUACAGUGCAAUGAAUUAAUUUACACACUUGUUAUUUUUUUUCAGAUACAGUUUAUGUAACUAGAUGGAAGAGAAUGGAAUUAUUC